GGGUUUUGAAUUCACCACGCCCAAAUCGGUAGGCGAAGAAAAUGGAAGGAUGGGAUCCGAACACGAAGUCGACGUUAACGCGAAUUCCGCUUCUGACGACAAAGGCGGGUCCAAGAGACGGCGCGGCGUGGACGCAGAGGCUGAAAGAAGAGUACAAGUCUCUGAUUGCGUAUACCCAAAUGAACAAGUCGAACGAUAAUGACUGGUUUCGUAUCUCUGCUUCCAAUCCUGAAGGAACGCGUUGGACUGGCAAGUGUUGGUAUGUUCACAAUCUUCUCAAAUACGAAUUCGAUCUCCAGUUCGAUAUCCCUAUCACCUACCCAGCCACUGCUCCUGAGCUUGAGCUGCCUGAGAUUGACGGCAAGACCCAGAAGAUGUAUCGAGGUGGGAAGAUAUGUUUGACUGUGCAUUUCAAGCCGCUCUGGGCCAAAAACUGUCCUCGGUUUGGUAUAGCACAUGCACUUUGUUUGGGGCUCGCUCCAUGGCUAGCUGCAGAGAUUCCAAUUCUUGUGGACUCCGGCGCUAUUAAGCACAAAGAUGACGCAGCCACAUCUGCGGAAUCUUAAAUCUAUGUAACCUUUCUAUCAAUCUCAGAAAUGUUGAGGUGUUUAUCAGUAAUAGCUGAACUCAGAAAUGACUGAGGUGGAUGCGUCUACCCUAUAAAAACACUUACAUGAAACCCAAUAAAGAUUUAAGCUAUUG